AGAUCGCAUAGUGUCCUAGAGCGCAAACCAACCAACCCACCAACUUCCAUUCCUUGACCACUACAGUACCCCAUGGCUCUAACUGCACCUCCUCCUCCUUCUUCUUCUUCCUCCAAUCUCCUCCAAUUUCCACUUCACUCUCGCUCCUCAACCGCUCUCUUCUCCGAUCUCGCCACCAGCUCUCGCUUCUUCCAAUCUCCAUGGCCACCGCCUCUGCUUUCGUCGCACAAGACCGCGAUUUCUCCGACUGUUAUCAAGGAGAUUCAGUGUAAAGCGAAAUGCUCCGCGAAAUCCACGGCGGAGGAGGGCCGGUUGAGCGAACCGGAAACCCUAGCCGCUGAUGGCGAUGAAUCCAGAGAAGAUGAGAAUGUCGAGCAACACCAGAGCUCAGUGGCAACUACUACUGUACCUACUGGUUCGAAGAAGGUUGCCUCGUCACUGAGUGAUUCUCUUUCUCUCGGGAUUCGCGAGCCAGUUUACGAGGUGGUAGAAGUAAAGUCGAAUGGGUUGGUAUCUACUAGGAAAAUCAAUAGACGCCAGUUAUUGAAGUCAAGUGGUCUUCGUCUACGAGAUAUAAGAAGUGUAGAUCCAUCAUUGUUUUUAACAAACUCUAUGCCUGCUUUACUGGUCCGUGAGCAUGCUAUUCUUCUUAAUCUGGGCUCAUUGAGAGCAAUGGCGAUGCAAGAGUGCGUCCUUAUUUUUGACUAUAACAGUAAAGGCGGGAAGGCCUUUCUAGAAACAUUGCUGGGUCGAUUGAACCCCAAAAACAUGAAUGGAGGGCCAUGUAUGCCAUUUGAGCUUGAGGUUGUUGAAGCAGCAUUGCUUUCGCGAAUACAGCAUUUGGAGCAUAGUUUAAUGAAUUUAGAACCUCGUGUACGAGCUCUACUCGAGGUUUUGCCAAACCGAUUAACUGCUGAUGUAUUGGAGCAACUUCGUAUUAGCAAGCAAACUUUGGUUGAAUUGGGUUCAAGGGCAGGGGCUCUCAGACAAAUGUUGCUUGAUCUACUGGAGGACACCGAGGAGAUACGUCGUAUUUGUAUUAUGGGAAGAAACUGCACACUUAAGAGAGGAUAUGAUGAUGUGGAAUGCUCUGUCCCAUUAGAGAAGCAGAUUGCUGAGGAAGAGGAGGAAGAAAUUGAGAUGCUGCUGGAAAAUUAUCUUCAAAGAUGUGAAUCUUGUCAUGGUCAGGCUGAAAAGCUUCUUGACUCUGCAAAAGAAAUGGAAGAUUCAAUUGCUGUCAAUUUGAGUUCACGGAGGCUUGAGGUUAGCAGAGUGGAAUUGCUUCUCCAGGUUGGGACAUUUUGUGUGGGUGUAGGUGCUCUAGUUGCGGGUAUUUUUGGCAUGAACUUGAGGUCCUACCUUGAAGAACAUCUGUUUGCAUUUUGGCUAACAACAGCUGGGAUAAUUGUUGGUGCUGUUCUAGCAUUUUUCCUCAUGUAUUCCUAUCUCAAAACACGGAAGAUACUGUGACAUCAAACGUCCAGAGCAUUCUGUUCCAGGCUUCCACCGAAUCGGUAAUUAUACAAGAGGAUCAUAAAAUCUUUGGACUUCAUAAAAUAUGCAUUGUACAUAAUUGGUAAGGUGUAUGAACUUUCAUAAAUAGUACCUGAAUGGUCCUUCAGAUAAUAACAGUGGCAGCCCUUGAAAUCAACGAGUGGAGGUCUCAUCAGUUUCUUCAACAUCAACAUAGCCGAUUCUUUAUCCAUGAAGUUACUUGAGGUCCCACAUUUACUCAAUAAGCCAAAUGCUGCACUGUAUUCUUUAGGGGAAAUGCAUGAAGCAUUUCAGAGGUGGAACUAGAAUUAUUCCUGAAAUAAUUAUUCACAUUUUGCAAUGAAAUGGAGCGCCAAUUUGACAAGCUCCAUAAAAUGAAGAUAGAAGCACCUUUUUAAAUCA